AUGGGGGCAGGUGAAACAUCAGGAGUUUAUUCUACAUCUAAAGUUGAACCAGCAGUGACUUCAAACUUGCAGAAACCCGUAAGGGGGAUGGGUAGGGGAGAGAGAGCGGCAAUCUUUAACCAGCCAGGACCUCUUGAAAGCAGAAGUGACGACCUUUAUCUUGCCAGACUGGAAGCAUCAGUGACAAGCCUUAACCACAUUAUUAUUAUAAAUAAACUACCAGAAACACUUAAAAUAAUUGAUAUUUGUGCUAUCUUUGAUGAUCAAGAUGAAGCAGCAUACACUGUAGGUCUUCUGGUAGUUACUGGACGACAAUCAGAUGUGGUUUUGUUGUCUGGGCGUGUUUGUUAUUUUUUCAAGAUUUUUUCAAGACUAGAGAACCAUCAAGAGAGUGACGAUGAAAAUGAUGACGUAGAAUUUGGGAUUAUUCCACCCAAUGCAGAUGUAAUAACAGAUGAAGAAGACAUUGACGAAAAUAUACUGAACAAUGAGUCUGUUGUACAAUAUGUAGCUGGUACUUUAGAGCUCACAACCAGCCAAGAUGAAGCUAAUGCUACAAUUGUUCCUCCAGAAGCCAAAAGGAGGAAAGCAUUGGGAGAAGGAGUAGAAAGUGGGAAGAGCAAUGAACAUUAUGUUGCGGAAUGUCUAGCAAAGAAGACAGUGCCCCAGGUGUUUGAGGAUUUUUGUUCUGAAAAACUAAUGGAUACUGUUAUUGAACGAAGCGAAAUCUAUGCUUGCCAACAUAACAAAUUAAAUUUUCUGCUAACAAAAGAAGAAGGAAAACCAUUUAUUGGUAUACAACUUCUGAAUGGUUGUCAUAAGCUUCCCCAUGAGAUGAUGUACUGGGAACAGGUUCCUGAUGUCGGUGUUCCUUUAGUCUUUAACUCCAUGUCAAAAAAUAGGUUUCAGGAAAUAAAGAGAUUCAUUCAUCUCAAUGACAACUCCAAAAUAGACAGAAACGACAAGUUGUACAAUUUGAGGUUGUACUUUGAAAUGCUGAAACAGGAAUUUGGUAAAUUUGGUGUAUUUCAUUCAGAACUCUCAAUUGAUGAAAUGAUGGAGUCUUUAGAUGGAAGGGUAAUAAAUGAACUAACCAGCAUUAUUCCAGAAUUAGAGUAUCCGAAUUAUAAGCUCUUAUUUUACAACUUUUUCACCAGUGUUUACACACUCAUCACACUUCGAAAGAGUAAAAUGAAAGCUACAGUAGGAGAGAUCCGAACUAAUGCAUGUCCUUUGAUUGACUCGAAAAGAACGGCAAAAGGAAAGGAACGAGGUUUCUAUGACUACAUGUUUGACAAAGAGAACGAAAUUCUGGUUGUGAAAUGGAGUGACAACAAAGCAGCAAAGAAAAAGGAAAUAUCUGUUACAACGCCACAUCUCGUUGAAGAAUACAAUGCCCAUAUGGGUAGCAUAGAUCUACUGGACAAGCAGAUAUCACUUUACAGGACGAGGAUAAGGUCAAAGAAAUGGUGGUGGCCAUUAUUCACACAGAUGAUAGAUAUCUCUGUGACGGAGAAUAGUGAUGUUUUACCUAUCAAAGGAAACAGAAUCAGUACCAAAACGCAGAGGACCACAAGGAAGGAAAUUGAUGGGAGGAUGGGUGAUCACAGAUGUAUGACUAGAUCCAGGAAAUCAUUUCAUUGCGCCAAGUGCAAUGUUGGUGUACACGACAAGUGUUUUGCUUCAUUUCAUACUGAAUAG